AUGAUUAUUAUACCACAGAUUGAAAGUUUCCUUGGAGACUUCCUUCUCCGCCUACCAACCUCAACUGAACUGGACCCUGCAUAUGCCGGAAGCUUGAGCUUGAACUCAGAAAAUACCUUGAAAAGGCACAUCAACGAUGAUGAAUAUCACCAGAUCAUGCCGUACUCAAGGAGCAGGUACGAAUCAAGCACGGCACGGACAUUACUCCUCUCCAUCCUUGUCCGUCCCCACUCUACCUCAUCCAUUCGGUCCCACAGCGAAGUCGAAAGGCAUGAUUCCGCAAUCUUUCGCCAUCCAUCAAUCACGUUGCGAGACCUGCAGCAGUGCCCAGCUCAGCAUGUGAAAUGGACAAGGGCUCAGAACUCAACGCUGAGCACUGCAGUAGGCAGCAAGCAGGUAAAGCGGGUCGUCGUAGACCGAAAAGAGAAGAUUGUCGGCAUCUUACGACACGUCAACAGCUGA